AGACUUUGUCCAGAGCAGCAGAGUAUAUGUAUUGUGCUGCAGCUCCAUAUUGUAAACCUAUCCAUCUCAAAUGGCAUUUUCCUGUUGAGGAGUGUGCACAACUGGCAAGGGAGAGGUUGAAGGCCAUUAAACACACUCACAACCUUUUCAAACUGCAGCAGGUCCUUUUCAUAGCAGCCCUGAGGUCACACAAGCAUGUUCAUGAUAGGACAGAACCAGUGGCAACAGUCAUGCAGGUGAGACCAUCUCUCAACAGGUACAUGGAGCACCGUUGUAUUAAUGCCACAGAUCUACACAUUUUCACCCUCUUCUUGAAAAUUGUGGAGGAGUAGACGGCUGUUCUGAGGCUCCUGAAGGGCAACAACCAAAGCCCUGGAGGUGUCAUCCUAGACACUUACAGGUUGCUUCUCAGCUACAACAUCAGCAAACUGCAGGCCCAUUACCCACAUGAUAAAGUGAAUCGACUGAGCUGUGACGAGGCCAGGAACUACUACAGUGGUGUGGUAAGCCUUAUCCCACUAACACUGGAGCUACUGCAAAGGAUGGCCAGUUCCUACACCUACUGCAGCCAGGACACCACAUCUGCUGGGAAUCCUAAUGUGGAUGUGCUUGAGUCCUCAGGACAGCGAGGUGGGACGGCUGGUGUGGGAGACGUGUCUUUCAGCCUGACUGGGUACGCUACUGGUGCUCAUAACACUAAGAAGACCCAAGCUAAGAGAACAGGCGCGUGGCAUGCAAUCAAGCCAGCCUGGAGACCGCCGGGCCUCACCACCAGGAUUAGGACUUUUCCUCUAUUUUACAUAAAUCAGCAUUGCAAUAAAGUUUGUUUCUCUUGGUUCGAUUUGUGAUCAACUAUUACUCAGAACUUGGCAACCAUAUUACACAAUGUUUCAUACAACAGACAAACUGGACAAAUAGUCUUCAACACCAUUUGCGUUUUGAGACAUAAGUGACUUCCAUCAAAACAAUGGUGGCAUUUCUAAACCCCACUGACACUGUAGAAUAAGACAGUAAUUAACUAUCUCGGCGUCC